GCGCGCGCGGGCUCCGCGCGGCCUGACUCACCCCGGAUGGGCGGCAGGGGUGCGGGGAGGAGGGCCGGGCGGAGGCGGGCCGGGCCCUGCCCCCGAGUCAGGCGGGAGGCGUCGCCCGCGCGCGCAGGUGAAACUGACUCCGACCUAGCCCGGGAACUUUCGCUCCGGACGCGGCGUGCAGGGGCGCGCGGGGCGGCGCGGGGGGCUUCUCCCCGGCACCUGGCGGGGCGGGGAGGGGCGGGGACGCGGGGCCCUCCCGGCGCGCCAGCCCGCGCGGCUGAUGGAGGCGGGUGGCGCCGCCCCGGGCGCAGGUGACACACGCCAGGCCGGGGCCGCUGAGCGCCGAGAGGACGCGACGCGGCGGGCCCGGGGCCCUCCGGGGCGGAGAUGGCCCGCGAGCUGAGCCAGGAGGCGCUCCUGGACUUCCUGUGCCAGGCCGGGGGCCGAGUGACCAACGCCGCCUUGCUGGGCCACUUCAAGCGCUUCCUCCGAGACCCCGACGCGCCCCCCAGCCAGCACCAGCGCCGCCGCGAGCUUUUCAAGGGCUUCGUGAACUCGGUCGCCGCAGUGCGCCAGGACCCCGACGGCACCAAGUACGUGGUGCUCAAGAGGAGGUACCGGGACCUGCUGGGGGAGGAGGGGCUGCAGCCCGCCGGCGACCCGCCCCCGGCCGCCGCCCCCCGCCCCGGCCAGCCGCGGCCCCCGCAGCAGCCCCGGCGCCGGCGGCGACACCCCGAGCCGAAGGAGGAGUCGUCAGGUGCCGACGCAGGUGGCCCCGGGCCCCGGGAGGUGGCGCGCAGGGGCGGCGGGGGCAGCUCCCGCCAGCCCGUGCCCUUGGGCGCGGCGGAGCAGACGCGGGGCCGCCGCGGCCGGGAGUAUGUCCAGAACGGCCUGGGGGAGCCCCCCGGGGCCCCCGCCGCCGCCGGAGCCCACCCGCGGCCGCGGGAAGACGCGCGCGCCCCGACCCCGCCCGGGCCCGCCGCGCCCCGCUCGCCCCCUACGACGGUGGAAACUGCCAGCGGCCCGGCCUCGCCGCCCGCCCCCCUGUCCCGUCCUGCUUCGCCUGCGGAACCCCCGGAGCUGCUGAGCGGGGGCUCCCCGCGCCGCUCCACCCUGCAGCAGCAGCAGCAGCGCACUCGAGAAUGGGUGGCCAGACACCCUCAGCUGCCCAGGGCCAGCGAGCAGGGCCCGACCCGCGCGUGGUGCGUGCUGCCCGCCACAUUCCCCGGGCUCUCUCCGGAGCUGGACCUUGGGCUGCCGCCCCUGAGCGCCGCCGCCGCACCCCCGGACCCCCCUCUCGCCUCUCAUCCCUUCGUUCCUGCCGCCCCGGGAUCCUGGCCCGGGAACUCCCCCGUGCCAAUUUUCCGCAGCAUCCGUUGCCAGCUGUCCCUCCAAGAUCUGGAGGACUUCGUGGACCAAGAGAGCCACAGCAGCGAGGAGAGCAGCAGCGGGCCCAAAGAGUCCCCCGGGGGUUCCGAAGAGGGCUUGCAGGUGGCCCCAAGCCCCUCAGAGUGGAGAAAGCUCAGGAAUCCGGUGGGGGACCGUUCUCCACUCGACCGGACCCCACAGGACCUUGGGAGUCGGCAGGAGGGUCCCCUCUCCCAGCAGGUCUCCGCUGGGGCUAAUGGUCAUGCUGGUCACCCCCAGGAGCCUCUGCCCUGGCCCGCGCCCCCCAGGUUCAGGAGGUCCCUCCGGAGGAGCUCCCGGGCCCGGAGAGCCAGACUGUCCUCCUCGGAUGAGGAGCGCCUGGAGGAGGACGUGCUCAGAAGGAGCCGGCGCCCACCGCGCUCCAGAAAGCCCUCCAGGGCAGGGGCGGCGUCCAGCCCGCGGGUGGACGCUGCCCUGACGCUCAGGCCUGCAGACUCCAAGGCGCUUGUUGCCGCAGAGAGGGGCGGCCCAGCCGACCCCUGGGCAACGGCUUGGAAGAGGCCUGCGGCCCCGGCGCCCUCCAGACCCGUGGAACACAAGUCAUCCCUGGUGCCCCUGGAUGCACGAGAGCAUGAGUGGAUCGUGAAGCUGGCCAGUGGCUCUUGGGUCCAGGUGUUGGCGUUGUUCUUCCAGGAGCCCCAGCUGGCCUUGCACCGGGACUUCCUGACGGGGUUCACGGUCUUGCACUGGAUCGCCAAACACGGAAACCUCGAGGCUCUGCAGGACUUAGUCUUGGCGGCAAAGAAAACGGGGAUCACACUGGAUGUCAAUGUGAAAUCCACCUGUGGGUACACGCCCCUGCACCUUGCCGCCAUCCACGGCCACCACGGGGUCAUCAGAAUGCUAGUGCAAAGGCUGGCCUCCAGGGUGCAUGUCCGGGACAGCAGUGGCAAGAAGCCGUGGCAGUACCUGAGCAGUAACACCUCCGGGGAAGUGUGGCAGCUGCUGGGCGGCCCUCGAGGCAAGCCCAUCUUCCCUGUCUACCCCUUAGUCCGAAGCUCCUCCCCGACCAGGAAGGCGAGGAGCCAGGAAAUUGCUAGAAAUGUCACCCGUAAGACUUCCCUGGCUGCUCUCCUCAAAAGUCAGCACCACAAAUGGAAAAUGGCCAACCAGCAUGAGAAAUUCCCUACCCUCAGAGAGAGGGAAGAGUACAGCGACUGAGAAGGGGCCGGUCUCCAAUAAGCAGCCGCCGCACCCCUACUCUGGGCUGAUGGCCUCCAGGGGGCAUAGAAAACGGGCUGGGCCGUUGGUUAAAAGUGAGCCCAAGAAGCUGGCCUGCCUGGUGUUUUCCAGCUUGGAUUGGGUCCAGGUGCAGCACAUCCCGGACCUUGGGGGUCAUCAUCCAUGCUUCCUGAGGGCUCAGGUCCUGGGGUCAGUGAAGCCUAGAUAAGGACAGAAUGGAUGCCUAAAGCCUAGGAGGGGAUCUUUCUCUUCCUGUGGUGCUACGCACCCGGGCAGAGAAAGCUGCACAGUGCCUGAGGGAGCAGUCCCAAAUCUGGGCCCCGGAGGGAAUAGAUGUCUUCUAAGGAGGGAGGCAGGUCGAAGAAUUGAGGAAUCUCUGGCUAAAUCCUCCCCAGCCAGUCGGCCUGUUGAUCUCUGAUUCAUUUGGAGGAUGAAUCUUGGCUGGACGUGAAACGUCUGCCAUUGGCAAUACGAUAGCGCGCGCCCUCGCUCUUCUUUCUCUCUCUCUCUCUCUAACUCAGUAUUUUGUAUACCCCCAAAGUGCUCCAGGGCUGCUCCAGGGCAGUUAGUUUCUUGGGACUGGCAGUGCUCAGGGAACCGUGUGGUGUUGGAGAUCAAACCUUUGAGCUAUCUACCUGGCCUCUUCACUGUUUCUGUCUCUCCGUCUCUGCUUUCAAGUCAGAGACCUAACAUUGCUACUGGACAGUAGAACUUGAUCUAAGGAAUUCCUCCCCCCUGUCCUCUGGCCAUCCUUUGCAGUCUGUUGUGGCUAAUUCAUGAAAUUAGUGCCUCUUUGGGUCUCCGUUUCGCUCACCAAAUAAGAAGUUGAGCUUGAUGGCUGGUCCUGCUUACUACAUGUUUCUUUCUGAAUCAACUUAAAGGGAACUUUCUAAGUAUACAAGCGUGUGGUUCACUGACAUAGCCAGUGAAAGUCUUUCAUGGGGACUCCCAUGUAAUGAACAGCAGAACUCUCAUUCACAGUUCUCAUAGGAGAAACGGCCAAGGUUCAUACUCAUGAAAAGAGCCCAGUGAUUCCAAUCUGGGAGAACGCUAAAAGCCUCCAAUAGGAGUCAUCUCAGCUGCUAAAUAUAAUUUUCUUUGCACUAAACUUAUUGCCAAUAAAGAUUAAAUAUUAGCUUUGAUGUGGUGUCUAGCUAAAGGAAGUGCACCUUUUAACCAACUGUGAUGGGACGGAUCUUCAUGGGCCAUGCAAUUAGAGAGUGUGAGUAAUUUAGAAACUGCCGUGGAACGUCAAGAUUUCAGAUUGUAAAUUGAAAGAGGGCCCAAAGAGGAUGUGUCCAAGUGGAAACUGUGUGUUUUUUAUGGACAUAUUUCCUUAUGCUGUUGUUGUAUGAUGUUGUCUGUUUUGAAAAAAAAAAAGUAUUUUUGUCUUUCUUCUGGUUAUUUCCCCCAUUAAAAUAUCAAUAAAUCUUUAUAAUUUAUUGUUCUUA